AUGAUCGUGGUGUUGUAACGUUGCCUGGUGGUUUGUCUCCAGGUCAGGACGUUGGUGUUUCAGUGCCUUGGGGAGAGUCUUUUGCACAAUGCCUUCCAGGGCUACAACGCCUGCAUCUUCGCCUACGGACAGACAGGUAUGUUAUGACAUUGGUACAUUAUGAUACUACUAACUGGCCUCAUAUGAUUGGCAUGGAACAGAUCUUUACGGUUUCAAGUUUAAAACAGGUUGAAGUUCAGUGGCUGUCUCCUAACGGCUGCUCUCGUCCAUUGGCUGCGUGUGUGUCCCUCCAGGUUCGGGGAAGUCAUACACCAUGAUGGGCUCUGUGGACUCUCCAGGUCUGAUCCCGCGGCUCUGCAGCUCUCUGUUUGACCGCACCCUGCUGGAGCAGAGGGAGGGUGAAGGCUUCACCAUAGAGGUCUCCUACAUGGAGAUAUACAACGAGAAGGUCCGUGACCUCCUCGACCCCAAAGGGUAUGUAUGACCCCUGAAUAUUGACCUUUAACCACCUCUUGGACUCUUGUUUUGUUUUAGUUUUAUUUGUUGGAAUAUACUACAAUUUGUCCGUGGCCCCAUUUUAAGAUAGUUUAAACAUGCUUCAUCCCUUCCUUGAAGUCUAGUCACUGAUCUAACACAAUUAGAUGGGUAUGAGGAGGGUUCCAUGACAUGGCUUUCACCUAUCCAGUCAUGUCAUAUUAGUGAUUCAACUCUGAGGAAUCAAGUACAUCAUUUCCAAACAUAUUUCAGAACAGGGCCCCAGUGCUUUCACACACAUUUGCACUUGCUUGUCUGUUCAGAGCUCCUAUGGCACCCUGCUUGACCCCAAAGGUUAUGACCCUGUCACCUCUGUUAAAACAACCUAUAGAAUAAUUGGGCUCCCGAGUGGCGUAGCGGUCUAAGGCACUGCAUCUCAGUGCUUGAGGCGUCACUACAGACCCCCUGGUUCGAUUCCAGGCUGUAUCACAACCGGCCGUGAUUGGGAGUCCCAUAGGGCGGCGCACAAUUGGCCCAGCGUUGUCCGGGUUUGGCCGGUGUAGGCCGUCAUUGUAAAUAAGAAUUUGUUCUUAACUGACUUGCCUAGUUAAAUAAAGGUAAAAUAAAAAAAGAUAACAGAGCUGCAUGUCACAGGAGUAGGAGGCUCUACAUCGUCCGGCCAUAUGGAGGCAGUCUGCCACACUACACAGGAGGAUGUAGAGAGCCUCUAGCUCUAUAUGGAGUCUAGAACUGAUUGAUAUUCCACUUGUGUUGAUCUGGCUAUUGCAGAUUCUAUUUGGAGAACUGUUGCUUUUACACAGAACGUAGGAGAGUGUAGAGCAAGGAUGGGAAACUUUGAUGGAGGUGGGGGCCACAAAAAAACGGAACUCAUGCGUACCCACAUCCAUACAUAUGAAAAUGUAUGCACUCACUAACUGUAAGUCGCUCUGGAUAAGAGCGUCUGCUAAAUGACUAAAAUGUAAAUACCCGCCCACCACGUUGCGAGCAAAACAUUUUAGCGGCUCCCCCUCGUGACAGCGAAGACAAAACAUGUACCUUUUAAAGUUCAUUUUCUGCAAUUCUGCGCAUUUUGCAAUGGGGCGUAGAGAAAAUUAUGCCAUUUUUAAAGCAAGUUUGCUGAAAUUCUACUUAUUUUGCAAUAGGGUGGAGGCAAAUGUUUGCAGUUUUUAAUAUGAUAACUGAUGAUCAAUGGGCCCCACACCAGUCAGUAAUUCGACCAUGCUUACGCCAAGUUUAGAUAGCUGGCCGCUAGACUAACUUACCAAUCUAAAAGAUGUUUGCUGACAUGGGCUAAUUAAGUGACUGCCGAUGCACAACCCUGGUGUAGCGGGAUACGUCUCAAAUAAAAUACUAUUUGAGAUUCAUUUAUAGAGCAUGGAAGGAUGAUGCCAGUUUUCUUUCUGAAGUAAACCCCAUUCAUAUGUGUCGUCCCCCCAGGAGCAGGCAGGCUCUUAGAGUGAGGGAACACAAGGUGUUGGGGCCGUACGUGGACGGCCUGUCACGCCUGGCUGUGGCCAGCUACAAGGUACGCCACACCACUACCAGCACUAGUAGAAUGACUACUGAUAUGACCAUGCUACUGAUGAUUUAAGCUUUAUUCAAUAUUCAUAAACAACAGAAUUGAUAUUAUGGUAUGGUUAAUAAUAGACUAUGAAAUAUUCAUGUUCUAGGUUGGAGUGUAGAGGAUAGCGUAGGGAGGGUUGUGGUAGCUGAGAGCUUUGUUAAGAUGAGCCAUGUCAGAAUGAAAACAAUUCACAAAACUGUGUUAACCCACACACAUCCACAGACUUAUUUAAUCAACACACUGCCUUGAAGGCGGACUGCACGCACACACAAACACACACACAAACACACACACUCUGUCUCUCACGUCACACUCCCUGGAUUCAAGGCUUACCGUGGCUAAUGACUUUGACAGCUGUUCACAUAUCGGUGGUAAGUUACCAUGCAGCCCUGAUCAAGAGGGAUGGUUUCUCUGGAGAAAAUAUACAUGUAUUUAUUCAUCUUCCUUCCUUCCUUCCUUCCUUCCUUCCUUCCUUCCUUCCUUCCUUCCUUCCUUCCUUCCUUCCUUCCUUCCUUCCUUCCUUCCUUCCUUUCUCUAUUCUCCCACCCCUCUCUCUCCAUGCCUCCUUCUGUUCCCUGUACCUCUUCUUACUCCCCCUCUCCACUGUCCGCUCCCCAAAAUAUUUCUCCCAUCCCCUCUUCUCCCCUCUCUCCCUCCCUCCAUCCACCCCUCUCUCCUAUCUCUUCUCUAGGACAUUGAGUCUCUGAUGUCGGAGGGGAAUAAGUCUCGUACGGUGGCUGCCACCAACAUGAACGAGGAGAGUAGCAGAUCUCACGCUGUCUUCAACAUCAUCCUCACACACACACUCAAAGACCUGCAGUCUGGGGUAAGACAGACACACACGGACAUACACAAACACUCACGCACACACACACACUCUCCAACUGAUUCUUACGCCGCGGUCAGUCCAACCUCUCCCACAUAACAUCUUAGUCGACUGCUGUAAUGUUUUGUGAAUACUGCAUCUUAUUCGUCAUAUCACUCUGUCUUCCUCUCCCCCUAGUUCUAAAGCACUGUCUAACUGGGCCACUGACUGUAAAAGUGUCCCAGAGAGACUGUCUGUCCUGUCAGUGAGCACUGUUCAGGAACUAGCUAGUGAUGUCACUGUCAGCCUCUAGGAAAACUGUAAAUAAGUAAUGAAGUUCUCUCUCUGUCUGUCUUGAUGUCAGCUGAUCUGCUGUGUCAGCCUGGUCCUCUUUUAUCCACACUACACCUGGUCGGUCAUCCAACCCUGGUCCUCUUUUAUCCACACUACACCUGGUCGGUCAUCCAACCCUGGUCCUCUUUUAUCCACACUACACCUGGUCGGUCAUCCAACCCUGGUCCUCUUUUAUCCACACUACACCUGGUCGGUCAUCCAACCCUGGUCCUCUUUUAUCCACACUACACCUGGUCGGUCAUCCAACCCUGGUCCUCUUUUAUCCACACUACACCUGGUCGGUCAUCCAACCCUGGUCCUCUUUUAUCCACACUACACCUGGUCGGUCAUCCAACCCUGGUCCUCUUUUAUCCACACUACACCUGGUCGGUCAUCCAACCCUGGUCCUCUUUUAUCCACACUACACCUGGUCGGUCAUCCAACCCUGGGCCUCUUUUAUCCACACUACACCUGGUCGGUCAUCCAACCCUGGUCCUCUUUUAUCCACACUACACCUGGUCGGUCAUCCAACCCUGGUCCUCUUUUAUCCACACUACACCUGGUCGGUCAUCCAACCCUGGGCCUGUAUGUUUGUGUGGUGGUGUGUGUGUGUUGCGAGCUUGAGUCUGUGCGUGUGUGUGACCUGAUCACCCAACCCUGGUCUCACCGCAUUAUAUCGGAAGCACACAGGGUGAAUAAUGCUUUAGUGGAACAGUUGAUUCUAGUUGAGGUCAAAAAUGGCUGGAACAGUUGAUUCUAGUUCGGGUCAAAUAAGGCUGGAACAGUUGAUUCUAGUUCGGAUCAAAAAUGGCUGGAACAGUUGAUUCUAGUUGAGGUCAAAAAUGGCUGGAACAGUUGAUUCUAGUUCGGGUCAAAUAAGGCUGGAACAGUUGAUUCUAGUUCGGAUCAAAAAUGGCUGGAACAGUUGAUUCUAGUUCGGGUCAAAAAGGCUGGAACAGUUGAUUCUAGUUCGGGUCAAAUAAGGCUGGAACAGUUGAUUCUAGUUCGGAUCAAAAAUGGCUGGAACAGUUGAUUCUAGUUCGGGUCAAAAAGGCUGGAACAAUUCAUUCUAGUUCGGGUCAAAUGAGGCUAGAACAGUUGAUUCUAGUUUGGGUCAAAAAUGGCUGGAACAGUUGAUUCUAGUUUGGGUCAAAAAUGGCUGGAACAGUUGAUUCUAGUUCGGGUCAAAUAAGGCUAAAUUAAGGCUGGAAAAGACAAGUGAACCUCUAUUUUCCUCAUAAGGACAGUCAUAUGUUAUUAUCCACAUCGGUAUUUCAAAAAAGCUAAUUCAAAUGAGUUACAAAAAUACAUUUCAGAAUUUUGGAGAACACUCUGCCUAACGAAUGUAACGCAGGCAGUUGAUCUAAAGCAGGGAUGGGCAAUUGGCGGCCCGCUGUAGGCCCGCAGAUCGAUUACCCCAAAAAACUCAGUCAGGGGAUCUUCUUACUAUUGAGAGUUAGAAUAGUACGAUGCACAAGGUGCAAUUUGGAAAUGUGGUUGUGCAUCAGCAGUUUUUCUCUUUUUAUGUCAGUCACUUAUAGUCACUCAAUUAGCUUAAAAAAAAAUAUAUAUAUAUAUAUAUAUAUAAGUUAGUCUAGCCAGCUAUCUAAACUUGUAGUAAUAAUGGUCGAAUUACCGACCGGGCGGCCCCCAUUGAUUUUGUUAGUCAGAGUCACUCAGAUAUAUUAAAAACUGCGAACAUUUCUCUCCGCCCCAUGGCUAAAUUAGUAGAACUGCAUGAAAUGUGUUAUAUAAUCUUCUCUCCGACCCACGGGAAAAUAUGUACAAUUGCAGCAAACUUGCUUUAAAACUGAAACAUUUUCUUUACGCCCCAUGGCAAAAUGUGUACAAUUGCAGGAAAUUAACUUGAAAACUUCAUUUUUUCAACAACCAAAAAUAUCUUGAUGUGGGUGGUGCUUAGGACCCCCAAAACGCUAGGGUCUGCAUGUGUGGGUAUUGAUGUCGGUCGGUAGCGGACCCGCGAGCCACUGCGGCCCCUCAUGAUGCUUUCACAUUUUUUGUGGCCCCCACCCCCAUCAAAGUUGCCCAUCACUGAUCUAAAGUGUUGCGGACUGAGCCUCCCCUUUGGAGGCUGUAACAGUUUGAUACCGUGUUGUGUUGCUGAACGCAGCCCCAGGUGCACCUGUGGUGGACUGGAACACAGACCUAAAUAUAGUCUGAGACGGAUCAUUUAAACAAAUGCACAAAUAAAGGCUGGCCAUGCCUCAGUGUGCGUGCGCUCAUUCACACACUCACACACACACAGAGGGAGAUAAAGAGCGGGAGCGUCUUUGGGCCUCCUGUUUCUGCUGAGGUUCACUUGGCUUUAUCCUCCCUUUACUAAUCUCCAUGGAAACUCAGUCCUAUGCAAAUUCACAGGGGCCUGUUGACAGAGUGAUCUAAGAAUAUGUGUCUGAGAUGUCGCUUUGGGGGUGCCAUGGUGAGAGAGAAGGAAGUUUGGCAUCUUUAUAAAAGGGUGAUGAAGUUGGAACAGCACAUUAACUAAACCGUAGGCAAAUACUAGGGAAAAUCCUACAAGAUUGUUACUCAACUAGAUUACACAAGUUUUAAAAUGAACUGUAUUCCACAUUUAAUGAGGUAUCAGCCAAAUACUUCCAAUCAUUUUUGACUCAGGCCCACCCCGGUUCAUGCUUUUUCUCCUUCUCUCUUUCUCUCUUCUCUCGUUCUCUCCUCGCUCUUUCUCUCUCCUCUCUCUCUCUCUCUCUUUCUCUCUCCUCUCUCUUUCUCUCUCCUCUCCUCUCUCUUUCUCUCUCCUCUCUCUUUCUCUCUCCUCUCUCUCACUCAUUCGUUCUCCGUCCUCUUCGUUCUCUCUCGUUUCUCUCGUCUCUCCUCUCUCUCCUCUCUCUCUCUCUCUCUCUCUCUCUCUCUCUCUCUCUCUCGUCUCUCCUCUCCUCUCUCUCUCUCCUCUCUCUCCAUCUCUCUCUCUCUCUCUCUCUCUCUCUCCUCUUCUCUCUCUCCGUCUCUCUCUCUACCUCGCCUCUCUCUCUCCUGCUCUCUCUCCUCUCUCGCGUCCUCUCUCUCUCAUCUCUCCUCUCUCUCUCUCUCUCUCUGGGGACAAGGGCAGUCUUUGUUUUCACAACUCACUGUAAUCUCUUCCCGCUCUAUUCCCACUCAGCACGACGCCGGACAUAACACACACACACGACCCCAAACAUAAUGCACACCCCCUCUGCCCCCGCUGCCCUUUGUCUCUCUACCCCCACCCCCAUCUCUCUCACACAUUUCUCACUCAAAUCAUUCACUCACCCCAUCUCUCUCUCUCUUUUUCUAUAUCUAUCUCGUACAUUCUCGCUCUUACAUUCUUUCCUUCCACUACUGCAUUCCUGCAUUUUCUCUCUGUUCUUCCUCUCUCUUACACGAUCUCUCCUUCCAAUGACUCCUUCCUCCCCCCAUCCUCUCCUCCUCUCCCCUCCCUACCUCCCCUCCCCUACUCUCUCAUCUCCAUUAGCUCUCCGUCUCCCAGUCAAGCUCCAGGCCUUAAUGCACACAUACCUUAUUUAAGAUAAGGACCCCUUUACAUGUGUACACACACACACACACACACACACACACACACACACACACACACACAGACAAAUACAGUGAGUAAAGCUCCACCCCUGCAGCUAAGAUUGUAAAUCACAGAGAACAAUGGGAGCUUGUUACUCUCUCUCGCUCGUUCUCUCUAGCUCUCUCGCUCUCUUUCUUUCUCUCUCUCUUUCUUUCUCUCCUCACUCUCUCUUUCUCGCACGCUCUCGCACACUCAGUCUCUUGCACACUCACACUCUCUCGGUCUCUCUUUCUCGCUCUCUCGCACUGUCUUGCACUCGCUCGCUCUCUUUCUCUAUCUCUGUCUGUCUCUGCCUCGCUGUGUGUGGCUUUUGGCCUCUGUUCUCCAUAGGAAUAGCUGAUAGUCUGGUUAAUGAAUCCUUUCAUAUAUAUCGUCCUUCCUGGCCCUUUAUGUUAGAGCAGGGAGACAUGAUGGUUGUAUCCUGCAUGGAAAUGACUGGGAUGAGAUGGUAAAUCUUUGACUGAAACUGUUGCAUUUGUUUGCAUUCCGAAGGUUUAUGCGGUGUGCAGGAUUGGAGUCAUUUUAACAGUUUAAAAUGAAGGAUGUUAUCAAAAUGUAAAUCUACUAAGAUUACUUUCUAUCUGCUCUCCCCCCCUCCUUUCCUCUCUCCCUCUCCCCCCCCCCCCCCCCCCCCCCCCCCCCCUCUCUGUAGACGAGUGGUGAGAAGGUGAGUAAGCUGAGUCUGGUUGACCUGGCUGGCAGUGAGAGAGCAGCUAAGACUGGAGCUACUGGAGAGAGGAUGAAGGAGGGCAGCAACAUCAACAAGUAUGUCACCAAGCACUUUGAUAACACACCCAUUCAUACAUACACACAGUUUUCAAGGUACGUCCUCAAUGAGACCACAAUACAACACACACGCAGCUCCAAGUGUUCUAGUUCUAGCUUCAAGGUCCCCAAUUAAAUAAAGAUGCACACUUAGUGGGUUGUUCUGUGUGUCUUUGCAGGUCUCUGACUACUCUAGGCCUGGUCAUAUCUGCUCUGGCAGAACAGGGAUGUGGGAAGAACAAGACCAAAUUUGUCCCUUACAGAGACUCUGUACUAACAUGGCUGCUAAAGGUAAGAGAGACAUCUUUUGUCUUUUUCCCUGCUCUUACAAUAACUUAUCUCGUCCUCCCUCUCUCUCUCCCGCUCAACAUGAGAGGGAUGGAGGCUUAUCUUCCUGUUUCCUUUUAGAGAUUUAAACACAUCUGCCCCUACAAUCAUAUUAAAGAUUUGGUCUCUUCCUCCUCUUUCAUUCCCCCUCUCUCACUAACACUCUCUCCUCUCUUUCUCCCUCGUCUCUCUCCUCUCUCUUUCUCCCUCGUCUCUCUCCUCUCUCUUUCAUCUCUCUCCUCUCUCUUUCGUCUCUCUCCUCUCUCUUUCCCCGAGAACCGUCGCUCUCUCAUCUUUCCUCCCGUCGUCUCUCUCCUCUCUCUUUCUCCCUCGUCUCUCUCCUCUCUCUUUCUCCCUCGUCUCUCUCCUCUCUCUUUCUCCCUCGUCUCUCUCCUCUCUCUUUCUCCCUCGUCUCUCUCUUUCUCCCUCGUCUCUCUCUCCUCUCUCUUUCUCCCUCGUCUCUCUUUAUUCCUCGCCUCUCUCCCUCUCUUUGUCCUCCCGUCGCCUUCUCGCCUCUCUCUUUCUCUUCCUCCAACCACACCCCUCUCUCCUUCUUCCUCUUUCUCCCCUCGUCUCUCUCCCCUCGUUCUCUGCUUCGUCUCUCCCCUCUCGUUCUCUCCUCUCUCUUUCUCCCUCGUCUCUCUCCUCUCUCUUUCUCCCACGUCUCCAGGACAGCCUGGGCGGUAACAGCCGCACGGCCAUGGUGGCCACAGUGAGCCCGGCGGCGGACAACUAUGACGAGACGCUGUCCACGCUGCGCUACGCCGACCGGGCCAAGAGCAUUGUCAACCACGCCGUGGUCAAUGAGGACCCCAACGCACGCAUCAUCAGGGAGCUCCGAGAGGAAGUGGAAAAACUACGGGACCAGCUGACACAGGCAGAGGUGAGGGGGGGAAGAGGGGUAGAAAAGGAAGUAGGGGGUGAGAGGAGGAAAGAAGAGAGGGGGAGGUAGAGGGAUGGGAGUAGAGAAAGAGGGGGAAGAGUGAGAUCAACUGAUAAAGUCCAGGGUAAGGAUGAAUGAGUGGAGAGAGAGCCUGGCUAUUCCAGCUGGCAAAACUGGUCACGGCAAGGUUGCGUUGUGGUCGUGUAAGGACGUGUUUUAGCUAUUUCUUUGCAUCCAGAAAACAAUGUCUUCAUCUGCUUGUAGCAGGGACCAGUUGGUUGUAAUUUGGUUGUAUGAAGACUUUUUAACCAGAACAUCAGUUUACAACCACAAAAUGACAUGGGCUUCUACAUAUUGCCUGCUUGGAGAGAUGGAACAAAACAAAACAAAGAGUGUUUUCUUGUCUCCUGUCCAGUCUAUGAAGGCCCCAGAGCUGAAGGAGAGGCUGGAGGAGUCUGAGAAACUCAUCCAGGAGAUGACCGUCACCUGGGAGGAGAAACUACGCAAGACUGAGGAGAUCGCACAGGUACACACACACCUUUGUACAUUCUGUGCUGGGUUGUGUUCAUUAGGCACGAAACAGAAGAGAACGGUCUGAACAACGUUUUGAAAAGUGUGCCCUAAUUAACACAAGGCUGGAGUCUGGAUCAAUAGUUUGUCGUUGUUGUGUGUCCUGUAGGAGCGUCAGAAACAGUUGGAGUCCCUUGGCAUCUCUCUCCAGUCGUCUGGCAUCAGAGUGGGAGAAGACAAGUGUUUCCUAGUCAACCUCAAUGCUGAUCCCGCUCUCAACGAACUGCUGGUCUACUACCUGAAGGUACACACCAGGGUGCAUGCACGUACACACACACACACAGCAUUGUAACAUUGUGUGUGUGAUAAUGUAUUGUUGUGUACUGUAGGAGCACACUAAGGUUGGUUCAGCAGACUCCCAGGACAUCCAGCUGUGUGGGAUGGGUAUCCAGGCUGAACACUGCAUCAUAGACAUCACAGCUGACCAAGGGGUGGUCCUCACUCCUCACAGGAACUCAAGGUAUGUCUAGAACACUCCUCUUCGUCUCCAACAUCACCAUCAUUCCCAGUGGGGCAAAACUACAACCAACUGGUUGAAAUCUGGUUGUAAAAAAGGUCAUUUGUUACCAAUUUUGCCCCCUGGCACCUGGCACGCCACAAGGAGUCACGGUACACCAGCGUAGUCAUCAAUAUCAUCUCAACGCACCACAUCAUCAGAAUGGUCAUUGUUGACAUCUUUAUCCUGGUCACCCCACUGUGACUCCUCACCUCAUGACUCCCCUGCUUCCAGAUAAGGAUGAUAUCAUGUUGCCUUUAGGCCCUUAGGGAUUACAUGGCCUGCUUGCAGAGGAGGCUGGUGGGAGGAGCUAUAGGAGGACAGGCUGGUUGUAAUGGCUGGAAUGGAAUCAAUGGAACGGUAUCAAACACAUCAAACAUAUGGAAACCACGUUUGACUCCUUCCCAAUAUUCCAUUCCAGCCAUUACAAUGUGCCCAUCCUCCUAUAGCUCCUCCCACCAGCCUCCACUGCCUGCUUGAAUGAGUUAACUGUAUGGUAAUCUUCUUGUGGUUUAAUUGUUGAUGUUACAGAACGUGUGCAUUAUCAUGUUUUUAUGAUGUUGUGGUUAUGUUGCAGAACGUGUGUGAACGGCUCUCCUUGCACCAGCCCUCAGCAGCUCCACCAUGGAGAUCGUAUCCUGUGGGGAAACAACCACUUCUUCAGGUGUGUGUCUUUGUGCGCAUGCACACGUGUGUAUCUUGGAACAGUUAUGACAAUACUGCAAAUCACAAUGUCUCCCUCAGCUACUGGUCCUGGUUUAAAACAAUUCACCUGUUAUACUGUGUAUUCACCAUAGUACUGAAACCCCUCGCUCUCUCUCCCCUCCCUCCUCUCUUCCCUUCUCUCUCUCUCUCCCCUCCCUCCUCUCUCCCCUCCCUUCCUCCUCUCUCCCUUCCCUCCUCUCUCCCCUUCCCUCCUCUCUCUCCCUUCCCUCCUCUCUCUCCCUUCCCUUCCUCUCUCCCCUCCCCUCUUCCCUUCCCUCCUCUCUCCCCUCCCCUCCCUCCUCUCUCCCUCCCUCCUCUCUCCCUCCCUCCUCUCUUCCCUUCCGCCUCCUCUCUUCCCUUUCCCUCCUCUCUCCCUUCCUCCUCUCUCCCUUCCCCUGCCUCCUUCCUCCCUUCCCUCCUCUCUCCCUCCUUCCCCUCCCUCCUCUUCCCAUUCCCCUUCCCUUCGCUCCUCUCUCCCCUAUCCGUCCUCUCUCGCCUCCCUCCUCUCCCUCUCUCCCCUUCCCUCCUCUCUCCCUUCCCUCCUCUCUCCCUCCCUCCGCUCUUCAUCCCCAUCCCUCCCUCCUCCCUUCCGUCCUCUCUCGCUCUCCCUCGCAUCCCUCUCCCUUCCCAGUCCUCUCUCCCCUCCCUCCCGGGGCCCGGGCCCCCCCCUCCUUUCCUCGGCCUCCUCCUCCUUCUCCGCCCUCGAGGGCGGAGAAAACCCAAAAAGCCCCGGAAACAAUUUUCCCAAAACCGCCUGCCCAAAACCUCUCGGGAAAACCCUCCCUCCUUCUCCAUCGCUCCCUCCCCCUCCCUCCUCUCUAAAACCCCCCCCUUCCUCUCUUCAUUCCCUCCUCUCUCAUCCCUCCCUCCUCUCUCCCUCCCUUCGCUUCUCUCCAAGGUCCCUCCUCCUCCUUCUCUCAACCCUUCACCUCCUCUCGUUCCCUUUCCCUUCCCCUCCUUACCCUUCCCCCUCCCUCUCCAUCUCUCCCCUUCCCCUCCCCCUCCUCCCUCCUUCUCCCUUCCCUUCCCUCCUCUCCCCUCCCACCCCUCUCUUCGCCCUCCCUCCUUCCUUCCCCUUUUGCCUCCAAAUCUCCCUCCCCCCUCCUCUCUUUCCCUGGUCCGGCCUCUCGCCUCCUCCCCUUCCCCCUCUCUCCCCCCUUCCUCCUCUCUCCCUUUCCCCCCUUCUCUGUUUCCUCCCUCCCUCCUCCGGCUCCCCUCUUCCUCUCUUUCCCUCCUCCCCCCCUUCCUCCUCUCUUCUCCCUGGCCCUUCUCCCCUCUCCUCUUUUCUCCUCCCCCUCCCUUACUCUCUCCGUCCUCACCCCUCCCUUCUCCCCCUUCUGCCCUCGCUUUCACGUCCCUCCCUCCCCUCUCUGCGCCCUCGCCCCCCUCAAUCUCACUUCCUCUCCCUCCCAUCCUCCUUUUUCCCCCUUUUUCCCCCUCCCCUCCCCCUCCCUGACCCUUCCCCCUUUCCCCCCUCUCCUUCCCCCCCUUUUCCUUCCCCCUUCUCUUCCCCCCCCCCCUCCGUUUUCCCUCCUCCUCCCCUUUUUCCCCCCUCCCCCCUUUUUCCCCCCCUUCCUCUCUCCGCCCCUUCCCCUUUCCCCCCCUCCCCCGGGCCCCUCCUUCUCCCUCCCCUCUUCUUCCCCCCCCCCCCCCUCCCCGUCCUCUCCCCCCUCCCUCCCUCCUCUCCUCCCUUCUCUCUCCCCUUUCCUCCUCUCUCCCCCACAGGAUCAACCUGCCUAAGUGGCGGUCGCGGUGUGGCGGUGAGGAAGAGGAGGCUGAGGGGGGCCUGAUGAAGAACAGUAGCAGUAGUGAACAGCUGGAGGGGGACGGAGACAACAACAGUGAGGUUUCCUCUGAGGUCUCCUUCUCCUACGAGUUCGCCCAGACAGAGGUCAUGAUGAAGGCCCUGGGCAACAACGGUGAGCACACACACACACACAGACACACACACACAGACACAGGUCCUUACAAACAACGAUGAGAAUGGAGGGAUGUGUAUAAAGGAGGGAAAGGAGGAAGGGAGAACUAAUGAUAAACGCCCUCAGAAACAAAUAACAUGUUGAGAAUCACUGAUUGACUGCAACUUCUGUCCGUCACACCGCAUAUGAAUCACGAUUGGUUGCUUAUCCGAAACCCCCGUUCUUGUUUGGCUCUCGUCCCUGUCCAUCACCUUCAGACCCCAUGCAGGCGGUGCUACAUUCCCUAGAGAGGCAGCACGAGGAGGAGAAGCGCUCGGCGCUGGAGAGACAGAGGCUGAUGUACGAACAGGAGCUGCAACAGCUGAGACGACGGCUGCACCCGGACAGACCGUCUGUAGGACAGACAGGCACGGCCCCCAACCAAUCACAGGGCCAGGCCGACAGGCCGGGACAGCCCCACUACCGCAGCCUGGAGAGACUCAGCAUGUCCAACUCACCCAGCGCACAGAGCAGGCUGAGGCAGUGGAGCGAGGAGAGGUGAGUGGGAGAGGGAGGGUGUGUGUGGAACACAGGGUUGGGGAGAUGGGCUGUGUGUGUGGCUGAUCUUGUCAAAUACUAGGCACAAUGAUUGAAAGUGUUGAUGAUGACAGUGGUCUCUUCUCUAAAGAGGCAGUGUUGGCCUGUGUGUGUGUCUCUGUGUGUGCGUCUCUCUCUGUGUGUGUGUGUGUGUGUGUAUUAUGAUGAUGAUGAUGAUUCCCCCCUCAGAGAGGCAGUGUUGACCCGGAGCUUGCGUAAGCUGAGGGAGCAGAUAGUGAGAGCUAACCUGCUGGUGCAGGAGGCUGGCUUCAUAGCAGAGGAGCUGGAUAAACGCACCGAGUACAGAGUCACCUUGCAGAUACCUGCUGCUAACCUCAACGCCAACCGCAAGGUACACAUAAGCAUUAGCAUGCACAUAUGUAUACAUAGGCACGCACACACACUUUGUGCAGUGUAUAGCUUCUCUCUCUCUCUCUGUCUCUCUCUCUCUCUCUCUCUCUCUCUCUCUCUCUCUCUCUCUCUCUCUCUCUCUCUGUCUCUGUCUCUGUCUCUCUCUCUCUCUCUCUCACAUAAAGACACACACACACCCUAACCCCCUCUGUCUCUCUCCCUCCCUCCUCAUAGCGUGAUGCAGUGCUGAGUGAGCCUGCGGUGCAGGUGAGGCGCAAGGGGAAAGGGAAACAGAUCUGGGCUCUGGAGAAGAUGGAGAACAGACUGGUGGACAUGAGAGAACUGUACCAGGAAUGGAAGGACUAUGACGAGGACAACCCCGUGAGUGUGUGAGGGUGGUUGUGCAUAAGAGUGGAUGAGUGUGUGUGUGUGUGUGUGUGUGUGUGUGUGUGUGUGUGCGUGGUAACCCGUCCAGUCAGUGUUGAUGGAGUGUGAGUGUGGUGGUGAGAACUUGGACUACAACGAAGACGAACCCUGUGUGACAAAUCAUUGUUUUUGAGAGUCUAGUCCAUUCAGAUGUACACAAACGCCAUGUAAGGUGGUGCUAGCAAGCAUGCUAGGUAUCAACAGCCAAUUGACUAGUGGCUGGAAGCUAUAGUGCGCUUCGAUUGGUUAAUCGGGCCAAGAUAUCGCAGAGUAUUUGCUUGCAAUGCCCAACGCUGCCCCGCCCACUUCACUUCCCUCCCUUGAAAAUGAAUGGAAACCCACAUCAUCUUCAGUUAAAACGUGCUGUAAGGGCUCCAUUUGGGAUCUCUCAUUUAUCUUCUCUCCUCUCUCCUCUCUCCCCCUCCUCUCCAGGUGAUGCGUUCCUACUUUAAGCGUGCCGACCCGUUCUUUGACGAGCAAGAGAACCACAGUCUGAUCGGCGUAGCCAACGUCUUCCUGUCCUGUCUGUUCUAUGAUGUCAAGCUGCAAUAUGCAGUACCCAUCAUCAACCAGAAGGGGGAGGUAAAGAGACGGCCUUCAGAAUCACAUAACACCAGGGUUGUAUUCAUUACAGACAGCGUAGCAGAACUUUUUUGCAACGGAAUUAGAAAAAAAGCAUUUCCUAUUGGACAAAUUCAGGUAGUUCCUCCCUGUUUCAGUCUGUUUUAUUCUGUUAAUCGCCAAAUGAAUACAAUCCUGUUUCUCAACCAGUGAUGUCCAACUUGUGUUCCAGCCCAGCACUAACACACCUGAUAAAACAAAUCUUCAUCUAGAUUGACAACUGCCCAAGGUGUCUUGGUGAUGUGCUGAAAUGAAAACCUCACAUUGUCGCACAGUGAUGAUGCAGCACAGAAUCAAUGGUGUUUCAUCCAGGCGUUGGUUGUCUUGUAGGUGGUUGGGAGGUUACACGUGGAGGUGGUGAGAGUGGCGGGUGGGUUUGAGGACAGCAUGGCUGGGGGAGAGGACAAUGAGGCCAGCCCCGACGGAGAGGUGCAGGAGAGGAAACUGGUCUGCAUGGUGAGUCCGUUUUGGAUACGAGCGGAAACACUCAUAGAAUACACACAUGCUUACACACACACACACACACACACACAGGAAAGUCACUUUUUUAUAUGGUUCGUCUGGAAUGCCAAGCAAUAUAGUUUGCUUGUUCUCUUUCGAAUCAUAUUUAAUCAUAUCCUCUCUCUCCCGCCCGAUCUCUCUCUCUCUCUCUCUCUCUCUCCCGCCCGAUCUCUCUCUCUCCUCUCUCUCUCUCUCUCUCUCUCUCUCUCUCUCUCUCCCUUCUCUCUCUCUCCCCUUCUUCUCUCUCUCUCUCUCCUUCUCUCUCUAUCCCUCCUCCUCUCUCCCUCCCUCUCUCCACCCCCCCCUCUCUCUCUCUCUCUCUCUCUCCAGAUCAAGAUUCUUCAGGCAACAGGUCUCCCCCAGUACCUGUCCAACUUUGUCUUCUGCCAAUACUCGUUCUGGGACCAGGCGGAGCCCGUAAUUGUGGCCCCAGAGGUGGACCCCUCUGCCUCGUCCACCAGCAGCAAGGACCCUCACUGCAUGGUGGUCUUUGACAGCUGCAAGGUCAGACAUCCAAUUCAAUUUAAAAUGCUUUAUUGGCAUGGUAAAAGUACUUGUAUUGUAAAAGCAACAAUGUUGAAAAAUCCAACAGGAUAUAAAAUGAAUGUACAUCUCAGUCAUGUUGCAGAUAGUUCUUAUGGUUCAGGAUGAAUCAGGUAGCCUGGUUAAACCAGUGGUGAGCGCAGCAUUCAGUCUAGUUUAACCAGGUUAUGUAUCAGGACCCUUCCUAUCUUCUUACAGUAUUUGUAUUGUUCCGCUGUAGUGUGUUUCUGCUAAUGGACCUCUUUCUUUCGGUUUUCUAUGCUAUUCUUUCUGCCCUUUCUAAUUCUGUUUUUCUUUCUCUCUGUAUCUCCCCCUAUAGGAGAUAGGUGUGGCAGUAACAGAGGAGUUUAUAGAGUAUCUGACAGAGGGGGCAGUGGCCAUCGAGGUGUACGGACACAGACAGGCCGACGCCGGCAGAAACCCUGCCCUCUGGGACCUCAGCAUUAUACAGGCCAAGACACGCACGCUACGGGACAGGUGCACACACACACACAGUUACACAGCACAAAGUGACACCAACACAUGCCAGAGGUUCCAUUUCCACAUAAAAGCAACCUUCUAAAUUCCAUAUUGGUGUUCUGUUGUGUGUCUGUCUCCCCCUACAGGUGGAGUGAGGUAACACGUCGUCUGGAGAUGUGGAUCCAGGUGUUGGAGAUCAACGAGAACGGAGACUUCAUGCCUGUAGAGGUCAUACCUGUCAGAGACGUACGCACAGGAGGUAUAUUCCAACUACGACAGGUAGGUGUUACGCCUGUGUGUGCAUGUCUGUGUGUGGCUAUCCCCAAAUAUGUUUUUUUCCUAUUUAAUCAGGAAUUCCAAAUUGUCCUUUACCUCAGAAUGAAAAAACCAAUCCAUUACAUAUUUGCGUCAGGAACAUGAACACAACAAUACACAGAGAAGAAAAACAGGAAAGUCAACCAACUGAAUUGUUUAUUGAUUCAGUAAGAGGAAGGCCCAGCUGUUUUCACCACUAAUGUUCUAUGUUGUGUUGUUUCCAUGUGUGUCCCUCAGGGCCAGUCCAAAGGCAUGUAAGGGAAUUUUAUCUGUAAUCUCUUGCUCCCUCUAUCCCUCUCCUUCACCCCCUCCCUCCCCCUCAGGGCCAGUCGAGACGUCUGCAGGUGGAGGUGAAGUCUGUGCAGGACAGCGGGACCAUGCCGCUGAUAGCGGAGGUUCUGCUGGCCGUGUCCGUGGGUUGUGUGGAAAUCAGACCGACACGCCAGGCCAAGGCCAACAACCAACCCAUACAGGUAACACACACGGACACAUACCUAUGCACAUACAGUGCAUUCGGAAAGUAUUCAGUCACCUUGAUUUCUUCCACAUUUUGUUACGUUACAGCCUUAUUCUAAAAUUUAUAAAAUUGUUUUUUCCUCCUCAUCAGUCUACACACAAUACCACAUAAUGACAAAGCAAAAACAGGUUUUUAGAAAUGUUAACAAAUGUAUUAAAAAUAAAAACCGGAAAUAUCACAUUUACAUAAGUAUUUAGACCCUUUACUCAGUACUUUGUUGAAGCACUUUUGGCAGCAAUCUUCUUGGGUAUGACGCUACAAGCUUGGCACACAUGUAUUUGGGGAUAUUCUCCCAUUCUUCUCUGCAGAUCCUCUCAAACUCUUUCGGUGUGUAGAUUGAUGAGGAAAAUGUUUAAUCCAUUUUAGAAUAAGGCUGUAAUGUAACAAAAUGUGGAAAAGGGGAAGGGGUCGUAGCUGGCCGCGACCGGGAGACCCAUGGGGCGGCGCACAAUUGGCCCAGCGUCGUCCAGGGUAGGGGAGGGAAUGGCCGGCAGGGAUAUAGCUCAGUUGGUAGAGCAUGGCGUUUGCAACGCCAGGGUUGUGGGUUCAAUUCCCACGGGGGGCCAGUAUGAAAAAAAUAUCAUAAUAAUGUAUGCACUCACUAACUGAAAGUCGCUCUGGAUAAGAGCGUCUGCUAAAUGACUAAAAUGUAAAUGUAAAUGUCUGAAUACUUUCCGAAUGCACCGUACUAUGCAGGAAGAUGGCAAUGGCUGCGAAUGCCAUUUACGAUAUGUCUGUUCUGUACUAAUAUAAUUGUAUAUUUUGUUGUUUGUCUCACAGAUGGAGGGGGAUGAGAUGGACAGCUAUCAGGUAAACACUUCACUGUCCUGUCUCGACUGAAAUAUCUCUUUCAUAUAUCCUCACUGUAUCUGAUCAAAUCAGACGACUCCGCUGAAGAGGAUGCUAAAAUGCAUGUGCCUGUUUCUGUGGGUCUGUGAUGGAUUGGUCAUGUCUGUGUCUUUGUUUUUUUGUGAUUGUUUCGUCUGGUCUCCCACCUCUGCACUCGCUUUGGUUGAUUGGUCCUGUUCUCGCUCUGAUUGGUCAUCGGUGUGUGUUCUGUCCAAUAGGAGCGUGAUCUGGAGCGUCUGCGUCGCCAGUGGCUGACGGCUCUCACCAAGAGACAGGAGUACCUGGACCAACACCUCCAGACCCUGGUCAGCAAGCCAGGUAACACACCGACACACAAACACUGCAGUCAGUGUAUAGUGGAGGAACGAGGAAGUAUAACUACCUUUACUGGAGUAGCGUUUGGGCGGCAGGUCAAAGGGCACAGCAAAUGAGGGAGAGGAAGUGGUGGCAGGAAACAGAAUCCUCUGGUCAGGGAAGGUAGUCACGUUCUGAUUGCCUACACAUCUGUGUGAACAUCUGGGUGGAGUUGAAGAAGAAAGACAUUGACACUGUUGUGCUCCCUGUACAGAGAAGACAGAGGAUGACGUGGAGAGGGAGGCCCAGCUGUUGGAAUGGCGCCUGACACUGACCGAGGAGAGGAACGCCGUCAUGGUGCCUUCAGCCGGGAGUGGCAUCCCUGGAGCUCCCGCAGAGUGGUGAGAGAGAGAGUGUGUGUGUGUGUGAGAGCGGGAGAGUUGGGGCUAGACUUAAAUGUAAAAUGAUCACACAGUUAUUUUAUCAUAAAUGUUAAUAUUGUUCAGGAAGUGAAUCUGACAAUUGUGUAAAUUUUUUGUGUCUUUAGGGUGCCCUUACCUGGAAUGGAGACCCAUACCCCUGUGCUUUUCCUGGACCUCAGUGGUAAGUUCUCCUUCUUAAGUGUUAUAAUAUCUCUGACUGGUUUAGUGACAAUAAGUAAAUCAUUCAAAUCCUCACUUUUCUCUUACUUCUCCAUCUACUCCCCCCUCUCCCCCCUUUCUCUCUCCCAUCCCCGCAUUAUCCAUCUCCCCUCCCCCCUUCUCUCCCAUCCCCCCCAUCCCCACUUUCUCUCUUUCCCCACCCCCCUCUUUCUCUCCCAUCCUCGUCCUCUCUCUCUCCUCUCCAGCGGAUGACUUCAGUUCCCAGGAUGCCUUGGAGGUCCCGGAGGCUGGGGGUUGGGACGCCACUCUGAGCGGCGAGGACGAGGAAGAGUUCUUCGACCUGCAGAUCGUCAAACACUACGAUGAAGAGGUGCGCACCAGGGUCCUUUUCAUCAGGGCACGGCGUAGUAGUAAAACGUUUUGCAAUGGAAAACCAAAACAAGUGUUUCUCAUUGGGCAAGUCCACCUAACCCCCCCCCCCCCCCCCCCGUUUCAGCAGUCCGUUCUCCAUAUGGUCCCUAACAGGGUCGCAAAAUUCCCAAUAUUCCCAGGUUUUUCAGAAAUUUGAAAUCUGAAAUCCAUGAACCAGGAUUUCUGGAAAACGUGGGAAUUUUGGGAAAGUUACUGGAAUUUUGCAUCCUUAAUGAACACAACCCUGUAUCCCCACCCCUUCUACUAGGUAAAAGCUGAGGCGUCGUGGGACUCCACAGUGCACCAGUGUCCCCAGCUGAGCCGCGGUGGAGCGUGGACGGAGCAGAGGGUGUAUCUGACGGUGCGCUGCGUGGUGCAGCUCAGCCAUCCGGCAGACAUGCAGCUGGUGCUGAGGAAACGGAUCUGUGUCAACCUGAACCCCAGCAGACAGGGCUUCGCUCAGAACCUCCUCAAGAGGAUGUCCACGCGCUCCUCUAUCCCCGGCUGUGGGGUCACCUUUGAGGUGGUCUCCAACAUCCCCGGGGUGAGGAUGGGACACAGGAAGGAAACAGGAAAUGACUUAAUUUAUCAUCAAUUACUAUGGCUCUUUUUGGUAGUGAUUUACUACAAUGGCUACAAGUCUGUCCUCUCCUCACGUCCUCUCCUUCGUUGCACUGAUAUGAAGAAGGUGAAAUGCCUAACCUAAUGAUGCCCUUGGCACGACCAUAUUGUUUUCACCUGUCAAGUAGUGUUUUCCAACCAGUGCAGAUGAAGGGGAUUUUUUAGCAAUUGAGAUAGUCUGUGUCUUUUUGGCAGCUCUACUCUCUCUCUCUCUCUCUCAGGAUGCCCAGGGUUCAGAGGACAGGGAGAUGUUGGCUCGUCUAGCUGCCAGCACUGAGAACCCCAAGUCGGCCGACAACGAGGCAGCCAUAGAGAAAUACCUCCGCAGUGUCCUGGCCGUAGAGAACGUCCUCACUCUGGACCGCCUACGACAGGUCACUAUACACCUUCACACUAGGACUAUCUACCUACGACAGGUCACUAUACACCUUCACACUAGGACUAUCUACCUACGACAGGUCACUAUACACCUUCACACUAGGACUAUCUACCUACGACAGGUCACUAUACACCUUCACACUAGGACUAUCUACCUACGACAGGUCACUAUACACCUUCACACUAGGACUAUCUACCUACGACAGGUCCACUAUACACCUUCACACUAGGACUAUCUACCUACGACAGGUCACUAUACACCUUCACACUAGGACUAUCUACCUACGACAGGUCACUAUACACCUUCACACUAGGACUAUCUACCUACGACAGGUCACUAUACACCUUCACACUAGGGACUAUCUACCUACGAAAGGUCACUAUACACCUUCACACUAGGACUAUCUACCUACGACAGGUCACUUAUACACCUUCACACUAGGACUAUCUACCUACGACAGGUCACUAUACACCUUCACACUAGGACUAUCUACCUACGACAGGUCACUAUACACCUUCACACUAGGAACUAUCUACCUACGACAGGUCACUAUACACCUUCACACUAGGACUAUCUACCUACGACAGGUCACUAUAACCUUCACACUAGGACUAUCUACCGACGACAGGUCACUAUACACCUUACACUAGGACUAUCUACCUACGACAGGUCACUAUACACCUUCACACUAGGACUAUCUACCUACGACAGGUCACUAUACACCUUCACACUAGGACUAUCUACCUACGACAGGUCACUAUACACCUUCACACUAGGACUAUCUACCUACGACAGGUCACUAUACACCUUCACACUAGGACUAUCUACCUACGACAGGUCACUAUACACCUUCACACUAGGACUAUCUACCUACGACAGGUCACUAUACACCUUCACACUAGGACUAUCUACCUACGACAGGUCACUAUACACCUUCACACUAGGACUAUCUACCUACGACAGGUCACUAUACACCUUCACACUAGGACUAUCUACAGCAGCUUUUUCCAAACUCGGUUUUGGGGAACCAAGGUGUGCCCAUUUCGUUUUUUCCCCAGCACUACACAGAUGAUUAAACUAAUCAAAGGCUGAUGAUGAGUUGGUUAUUUGAAAAAGCUGUGUAAUACUAGGGCAAAAAACAAAAUGUGCACCCCUUGGGGUCCCCAGGAAACGCUGGUCACAUGCUUAACACAAAUUUGUAUUAACAGUACUGUUGCUUAUUUCAUGUUCCUGUUUUGUGAGUGUGUGUAGGAGGUGGCGGUGAAGGAGCACCUGGCGGGCAAAGGGAAGGGCAACAGACGCAGUCUCAGCUCCCCCAGUGUACACAGGGUAAAUGGCACAUUUUCUGUAAAAAACUAAAGCAAAAAAGUAUGUUGGGGUAUUACUGGGUCCUAUUGAUUUAUUGAAUAGUUUUAAGCCACUGAGGUCAUGACAUUUCUCUUUUUCCCUGCCUUCCUUCCUUCCUCCCUCUCUCUCUUUCUCUCUCCUUGUCGUCUUCAGCUCUCUGGCAGCAAACAGGACCUGUCAUCUAACUGCAAUCUGGACGACAACAAGGUACAACCCUGUUGAAGCUGUAGAACUGUUACUAUUCAAUCUGAACAACCCCACAUCCCAAACUACACGGAUCAACCCUCACAUCUUUUAACUCUUGUUUUUUUCUCUCUCUUCUCUUCUCCAGACACGCUGGGAGAGCCAGCAGGACAUCUUCAUGACCUCGCCCCAGUUCAGCCACACCCUGCCUCGCCCCUCCUCCUCUCCCCCUACUAUUCCCUCACAGAACCUGAGCCAGGACCCAGAGCAAGGUAAGGGCCUGACUCCCCCUCUCCUCUACUCUCCCCUCCCCUUGCCCCCCCUUCCCUCUCUACCUUUCUCCCCCUGAGAACUGCUCUACUAACCUGGCCUUGCUGACUCUACCUCAGUCUCCACCUCUCUCUCUCUCUCUCUCUCAUCAUCUCUCUCUUCUCCUGUCAUCGCUCUCUCUCUCCUCCUGUCAUCGCUCUCUCUCUCUCUCCGCCAUGUCAUCCGCUCUCUCUCUUCUCCUGUCAUCGCUCCCCUCUCCCUCCUUUCUCCUUGUCAUCGCUCUCUCUCUUCUCCUGUCCAUCGCUCUCUCUUCUCCUGUCAUCGCUCUCUCUCUUCUCCUGUCAUCGCUCUCUCUCUCCUCCUGUCAUCGCUCUCUCUCUCCUCCUGUCAUCGCUCUCUCUCUCCUCCUGUCAUCGCUCUCUCUCUCCUCCUGGUCCACCGCUCUCUCUUCGCUCUCUCUUCUCUUCUCUCUCUCCUGUCAUCUCGCUCUCUCUCUUCUCCUGUCAUCCUCGCUCUCUCUCUUCAUCCUGUCAUCGCUUCUCUCAUCUCUUCUCCUGUCAUCGCUCUCUCUCUCUUCUCCUGUCAUCGCUCUCUCUCUCUCUCUCCUGUCAUUCGCUCUCUCUCUUCUCCUGUCAUCUCCUCUCUCUUCCCUUCUCCUGUCAUCGCUCUCUCUCUUCUCCUGUCUCGCUCUCUCUCUUCUCCUGUCAUCUCGCUCUCUUCUCUCUUCUCCUGUCAUGCUCUCUCUCUCUUCUCCUGUCAUCGCUCUCUCUCUCUUCUCCUGUCAUCGCUCUCUCUCUCUCUUCUCCUGUCAUCGCUCUCUCUCUCUUCUCCUGUCAUCUCUCUCUCUCUCUUCUCCUGUCAUCUCGCUCUCUCUCUUCUCCUGUCAUCGCUCUCUCUCUCUUCUCCUGUCAUCGCUCUCUCUCUCUUCUCCUGUCAUCGCUCUCUUUUCUGUGCAGUAGACCUUUGGUGUGGUUCUGUCUUUCCUGUCUACUAGGUUGUCUCCUGUUUUAAGUGUUCUUUGUUUGAUUUCACUUUCUCUCAGUGAUGUCAUUGAAAUGGAUGUGAGAGUGACCCAAUGACAGUUAAUUAUUCAAAUUAAUUGGCAAUAUUUUAUGAUUAUAAUCCAGAGAUUAUAAUAUGUUAUCACAUGCUAAAAUCAUCUUCUUUAUUUGAUUAUUUUCGGUUAUUUUAAUCAAUUCUUUGUCUUGUCUCUGACCUGGUCCAGCCAUUUUCUUCAUUGUGUGUCUUUUUUCAAUGUCAUUUCCUGGGCUUGCUUUUCAACUUCCUGUCUUAAUCACUCACACUUCCGCUACCUUCCAAUCCUCCCAUCUUUUAUUCCUGCUCCUCAUCUCUUUUACUCCUCCUCCUCCUCCCUCCUCUUCUCUUCUCUUCUCUCACCGAUUCUCCCCUCAGGUCGUUCAGGGCUUGCUGCCUCUUAUCUUUCAGUCAAAGCCCUGGUGCCACAGAUGCCCAAGCUGCUCAAGUCGCUGUUCCCUGCCCGCGAGGACAAGAAGGAGCCCCUACGCCCUUCACCCCACUCUCUACAGGUAGGGCACACAUACCCCUCUGACCUUCCGUCAUCCAGUGACCUUUUGACCUUUUGGUUGAAAGAAAUUGUUCCCUUUUUUAUGUUGUGAACCCACUGAAGCCUUUCCCAUUUUCUUGUGAUCCACCAAAUAAACCGAACCCUGUUUCUAGCCACAGCACCAGUCAGUAACUGGGAGCCCAGAGAAACUGGACGGUCGAUGUGAGUCUAUAAUCCACUAUAGUUCACCGUCUCCUCAUCCUCUGCCUCCAUAAAGACACAUUUCUGUCUGACUCAGAAACCAUUGCUGUAAUCCAUGCUUUCUUUUCAGUGUGGCCUAUAUUUCCAUUUUUAUUUUGUCCAUCAGGCCUUUUACCAGGUGCUGAUAUCACAAUGAGACUCAUCGUCAUCUGCAUUUGAGCGGAGGAAAGUGGAGAUGGUUUUUAGGGCAUUCAGAGGAAGACACGUCUAGACCAGUGAAUGUUACACUCAGCUUCCAGAUGAAACACACUUGUAUAAUAGGCUUUUAGACGAGCCGCUCUCAGAAGACAGACUGGGGGUAGAGUCUAGUGGUAUUAUAGUCAUUAUAGCACCGUGAUGCAAUGACUUCAAUGGAAGGUAAGCAUGAAUGAAUGAUUUAACACAAAAAACAAAGCGCUAAUUCCUACAUCUCUCCAAUAAUGUUUUAUAAGGGAUCCUCAAAGCAUUGGUCUAAGGGACCACACACACCGCACCUAAUGUUGAUCUGCUGUUGAUCUGCCGUUUGUUCGGCGUGGUGUGUUUUAGGGACCACCCGCUGUAGGGCUGGGCGAUAAAUCAAAUUAGAUUCAUUUGAAUGUAUGUUUUUGCACAAUAUUCCAAAUGCCUGUAUUGCGAAAAUCAACUUAUUUUACAUUUUCUAUGAGCGUUUAUGUCCGUUUGUUCUCCUGUUGUUUUUUGGGUCUCGCCUCCUUCACUCCUUCUGCUGUGACUGGGCACCUACCCAUUUACACACCAACCCCCCUCAUACACACCGAGACCCUCCCCCCCCCCACACACCAAGCCCUUCCCCCUGCCACUCACAACAACAAAGAUACAUUUUAGUCAUUUAGCAGACGCUCUUAUCCAGAGCGACUUACAGUUAGUGAGUGCAUAAUUAUUAUUUUUUUCAUACUGGCCCCCCGUGGGAAUCGAACCCACAACCCUGGCGUUGCAAACGCCAUGCUCUACCAACUGAGCUACAUCCCUGCCGGCCAUUUCCUCCCCUACCCUGGACGACGCUGGGCCAAUUGUGCGCCGCCCAUGGGUCUCCCGGUCGCGGCUGGCUACGACAGAGCCUGGAUUCUAACCACGAUCUCUAGUGACACAGCUAGCACUGCGAUGCAGUGCCUUAGACCACUGCGCCACUCGCAGAGUGAGAGAUCACUUCUUCCUCUCUGUCAAACAGUUUCAACUCGCUAUUUGAAGUUUGAAGUUUGGUUCAACAUAAUCAGUCAUAUGAUCAUCGAAACACAUCGAGACAUUAUUUUACUGCAAUAGAGGAUACCCUUUUUAUGUUUCAACUCCUCAAAAUGAACAUUGAUUGAUUCUGGAAAAUGAUUGCUCAGUUUCUGUUGUGUGUGGCAUUGCGGUACAAUGUACCACUAGCAGGAUUUUAGCCACAGACUGUUAUACUAGCUGUCUAGUCUGUUUUUAUAAAUGUGCAAUAAGGUAUAGUUUCACGAGCCCUGAAUUCAUUGGAUUAUUGCUCAAUGUUUACCUUUAAUUGUACAACAAAGCUUAUUUAGAGAAAACAUAAAAAUAAUUGAGUGAUAUACAGUGCAUUCUGAAAAUAUUCAGACCCCUUGACUUUUUCCACAUUUUGUUAUGUUACAGCCUGAUUCUAAAAUGGAUUUUAAACAAUUACACACUCUACACAUAAUACCCCAUAAUGACAAAGUAAAAACAGGUUUUUACAAAUUUUUGCAAAUGUAUUAAAAAUAGAAAACGGAAAUAUCACAUUUACAUAAGUAUUCAGACCCUUUACUCAGUACUUUGUUGAAGCCCUUUUGGCAGCAAUUACAGCCUUGAGUCUAAGGUCAAUUUUGAGUCUCAUAGUAAAGGGUCUGAAUACUUAUAUAAAUGUGAUAUUUCAGUUUUUUAUUUUUAAUACAUUUGCAAAAAAUUCUAAAAACCAGUUUUUGCUUUUCAUUAUGGGGUAUUGUGUGUAGAUUGAUGAGGGAAAAAACAAUUUUAUCGAUUUUAGAAUAAUGCUGUAACGUAACAAAAUGUGGAAAAGGGGAAGGGGUCUGAAUACUUUCCGAAUGCACUGUUUCAUGAAUCGGCCAUAAGUUAGAGGGGGGGAAAAGGAUGAUUUUUAGGCCAUAUCGCCCAGCCCUAACCAGCUGGUGGACAUCUGACUGCUGACAUUUUGGCGCGUUUCUACAUGUAGAAUCGAUUUGCACAAAUGUUUUCAAAUUAAGUGCCAGCACUUUGUUUAGAGGUGCUAAGUACUCUCGGCCGGCAAACACUACCAGUGUGUCCGAGCCUUAAGGUAAAGGAAGAACAAAAAAAAGUUGGACAGGGCCUUUCCCCCAAUCUAUCUCCUUAAUGCUGAGUGCCAGUCUUUGGUUUGACUCGGCCGAGGAUCGAACUCCCAACCUUCCAAACCCAGGGCGGACACUCACACCAAAUGCCACUGAGUUGGUUAUGUCCAUAUAUAAUGAAGUCUAAAGUCGCUGAACACUGGAUGUAAGAUAUGCCAAGCUUGCUAUUUAAUUUCCAUAAAGACGAUAUGUUUAGUUAUUUGGUAAUACCACCAUCUGUUUGUCAUUCUUUAAAGAUAGAUAAUUCUACAAUGGAUUUAGCCAUUAUUUUUUGGGGAUUAAAACCAUUUUUGUAAAGAGCUGAAUAUAAUCAACUGAGCUUUUCGACUUUUUAAAUUAACUCCUAAAGUUAUGGACAAUGUGAGAGAAUACUGAUGUAUUUCAAUGAACAAUUGAAUCUUUUCUUCAAACCUUUGAACAUAAUUGUGUUUCUCUGUCUUCCUGGCAGCACAUGCCUCGUAUCAUCAUGCAGACAACGGGGCCUGAAGACAGCAGGAUCCGGAUAGAACCGGUAAGAACCCUCUGUCAUCUCUUUUCAACUCUCCUCCUGUCUGCUCCCCCUUUAUUAGUGUUCUACUCCCUAUGAGCACAAUACGUUAAAAAUACAUAUUUUGGGUUGAAAGGACGUCUUUUCAACGUCUUGUGCUCACUGGGAGUUGUAGUUUGUUAGAGAUCAGUCUAGUUGUAGUUGAUUAGUUGAAAUCAGUUAGUUUGCAACAUCUCUCCAGGCUCAGACAGUGUAUUGACUGUAUUAUGAAGCUAUGGUAGGUAGUAAGCUAGGGGAUCUAAGGAUCUCAUGAUGAUGAUGAUGAAGAUGGUGGUGAUGAUGAUCAUUAUGAUAUUGAUGGAAAUUGUGGUGGCGAUAUGCAACAUGAUGUCCUGGUUUGCUCCAGUCAGUCUUAAGUUUGAUGGAGUUCUUAAAUUCCUGUUGUGGUGUGAUUGCCGUUGCCGUGAUUCCUCCCCGUAGGUUGCUAUGGUAGGGAGGACCACCCUUAUCCCGGCCCUGACCAAUGACAGGUGGUCGGAAUCCACCGACGCCCCUCUUCCUGUUCAGUCCUCCCAGCAUGACCCGCAUGACUACCCCCUCAGCCCCAUCAGCGAGGCCUCCAGCGGCUACUUCUCCACUAGCGUUUCCAUGGCAACCCUGUCAGACGCUUCAGCCAGCGCCAGUGGCGACCACCCUGCCACCCCCCUCCACACCUCCUCCUCUCUCACCCUCCUAGAUGCAGGGGUGGGGCUAAAGGGGAUUGAUGCUCCUGAAACUACGUUACCCAGAACCCAGCAGCGAGCUGAACAGAACGGUGUUACUGCUGCCUCUCCUCAGUAUGACAACAAAAUGGCCACCACCGGUCCCGGCUCCAACGUCAACAGCGUCACCACGGGCAACAAGCCCUUCUCCGUGCAGAGGGUGUCGACGUCGGACCUGAAGUCGUUCCAGCAGCGCAUCCUGGGGGAGGAAGUGGAGGCGAGAGGAGGAGGAAGACAGGGGAGUCUGGAGAGACUGGAGAUCGUCCUGGACGACGAGGAUGGCGGCCGCGACUACGUGCUACCUGAUUGGCUGAGAGAGGGGGUGUGCGUGACGGUGGGAGCCAAUAAGGGCGGGACUGUGCGCUACGUGGGCAACACUGAGUUCGCCGAGGGUGUGUGGGUCGGGGUGGAGCUCGACUCGCCCUCAGGUGUGUUUGGUGUGUGUGUGUUUACUGUUUACACAGAAUUGCAUGACUCAACAUAAUAACACCGUAAGAAAUUGAAUCUAUGCAAAUAGCCUGAAAAUAAAAAUCUAGAGGACCGUGUCCUUGUCCGCAUGCACAUGAGACUCAUCAGAGCAGGCAAUGCUUAGUUUAGGAAAUUCUAAAUACUAAACCAACUCUCUUCCUUGUCUACCCCUCACUCCUUUCCCUUCAUUCUCUCCCUCCCUCCUUCCUCUCUCCCUCUUAUCUUCCUCUCCCUCUUUCCUCCCUCUCUCUACAGGUAAGAACGACGGCUCCGUAGGCGGGCGCCACUACUUCCGCUGUAACCCUGGUUACGGUGUCCUGGUGCGUCCCGACCGGGUUUUCAGACGGGAGCGUUCCACCAAACGGAACCCGGAGAACCGGCGCAGCGGCGAGUUCUACCAGCCCGUUCUGCGGGGAGAGUCCACUAACAGGCGAGGGGAGAACCGCAAGUCCUGGAGCAGCUGA